AUGAGGUAUUUGCUCCGGGCUGGAGCUGUGCGAGCUCCUCUGGUUUCAUUAUCGGUAUCGGCGAGGGCCCUUUCAACGACACCAAGACUCGCGAGGCUGGAGAAGAAGGGAAAACCCAAACCUUCUAUUAAGAAGGGAAAUGGCAACCUCAAUAUUUCAAGAGGGGGCGCAUUGAGCCAGGGUCAAGAUCCAGCCUCAAGAUUGAGACUUGAUGAUAGAGCACAUGCGUCGGGUCGUCAUGGAAUGUUCCGGUCAACAGUGUUGUCUAAGUUUCAAGGAGUUAUCAAGAACAUGAACACGACAGCCGUGUCCGCUGCGGGUGUAGGAGAGGAUGAGUUUCAUCGACAGGCUGCCGAGUUCAUGAAUGUGCUCGAUAACGCAUUCGAUUUGGCUGAGCAGAAUGUUUCGGAUCGUGUCAAGAACCCUCUAUUCUGGAAUCUUCGCGAUGCUUUCAUUCUGAGGGAUCUCAAGGGUCUCACAAACGAACUUCAGUACUCUUUCCAGUCGUUUAUUAUUCGACAGCGAUUGUCAAAGGGAAUGGAGGCCAGUCAAAAACGAUUACUGGACUUUCGAUUUCCCUACGAAUGGUUCCCUGCGACGAGAGCGAUGCAGCGCACGAUUCAUGUCCACGUUGGACCGACGAAUUCCGGAAAGACGUACAGAGCACUUAAAGCUCUGGAAAACUCGAAGCGCGGAGUUUAUGCAGGACCUUUGCGAUUAUUGGCAAACGAGGUCUACUCGCGCCUAAUAGCCAAGGGGUUGCCGUGCGCUCUGUUAACAGGAGAAGAGGUCCGAAAGCCCGCAGAUACUGAUACGUACUUUACGAGUUGUACAGUUGAAAUGAUUCCCGUUAACGAAAUAUAUGAUGUCGCUGUCAUUGAUGAGAUCCAGAUGAUAGCGGAUCCCGACAGAGGACAAGGUUGGGCGACGGCUUUGCUGGGUGUUCAGGCGAAAGAGGUUCAUGUCUGUGGCGAAGAGCGAACUGUCCAGCUGAUUGAGAGUAUUUGCGCAUCGAUUGGCGACAAGUGUAUUGUGCAUCGAUAUAACCGUCUCAGUCCCUUGGAGGCUAUGGACAAGUCUUUGAACGGAGACUACAGCAAGCUUGAGAAGGGUGAUGCUAUUGUUGCUUUCAGCCGCAUGAGUCUUCACGCCCUUAAGCGAACGAUUGAGACCAAGACCAACCGAAGAUGCGCCAUCAUUUACGGAUCUCUGCCUCCUGAGGUGCGCGUCCAGCAAGCCGCCCUAUUCAACGACCCCGAUAACGACUACGACUUUGUUGUUGCCAGUGACGCUAUUGGAAUGGGUCUGAACCUCGAAAUCCGAAGAGUCAUUCUCGAAUCUGUCACCAAGUAUGACGGCAGUCAGAACAGGUUGCUCUCGUACCCCGAGUUGAAGCAAAUUGGAGGUCGUGCGGGUAGAUACAAGACCGCUCGCGAUGCUACCGCAGGAACUAAUAGUGCAGUCAAGGAAGAGAGCAAGGUUGGAUAUGUCACUACAAUGGAUUCGCAGGAUCUCAAAUCGGUGCAUCGAGCUUUCAAGGCUAAUGUUGACGAUAUCGAGGCUGCGUACAUCAACCCACCAGCUUCAGUUGUCGAGCGCUUCUCAACGUACUUUCCCAAGGAGACGCCUCUCUCGUUCAUCCUCAUGCGGAUUCGAGAGUUGGCGUCCGUGGGCAGGAUGUUUAGACUCCACGUAUCUUCCGAGAAGCUUCAGAUUGCCGAUCUGAUUCAGGAUAUCCCUCUCACCAUCUACGAUCGACUCACAUUCACCAACCUCCCUAUUGCUAUAAACGCCGAGAACGCAGUAGCAGUUCUUCGUGCACUCGCAAAGAUCAUUGCAAAGAGUGGUAGCGGCGAUCUUCUCGACAUCAAGGAAAUACCAAUAGAGAACCUGGAUAUCGACUACCAAAAGUCCAAGCUCCCUGCGAUGGGUUAUCUUCACAAACUUGAAUCUCUGCACCAAGCCAUCAACCAGUACAUCUGGCUGUCAUAUCGUUUCAGCGGCAUGUUCCGAGACCAGGCUCUGGCGUUCCACAUCCGAUCGCUGGUCGAGGAGAAGCUGAUUGACACGCUGGAGAAACUGGACUUUACAGAGACUCAACUGAAGAGUUUCCGAAUGAAGGGCCGAAGAGAAGCAAAGGAGAGAAGUGCAUCUCAGCUGGGGCUGGAAGAUGGCGACAUCAAAGAUUUAGAACAGGAGACGGACGACCCGCCGCUUGGCGAGUUAUUGGACUACGAAGAAAGUCCGGCAACUACAACUGGAUGA